UGGACGCGAACACACGUGGCACGGAGCUUCUUUGUCAUGGAUAGGCUCCCGACUCAUCUGAGUGAUCUGAUGUGUUUCCGGCUGGAGGCCACUAAGAGUGGUUGUGCACGAGUAGACUUCUAGAAAGAAAGGGGGGAAAAAAGAGGUGUCAAGCUUUACGCACGAGAGCUCUGUAUAGCGCUCUCCAAAGACGCGCGCGUAGCUGUAUUAGCAUAACAGAAUCUCCACAACAUGCCAACAAGUUGACUUACCAAAAUAAUGUGCUCGCGAGUAAUUAGCGUGUUGUCAUGGACACCUAGAUAACAUUAUUCAAUCUUUAUAGUUAUAUUUGGAACAAAACAACAGGAUAAAUCCAAGAGGGGAGUUAUGGAGGAUCAGCGGCGGGGUCAGGGUGAGGAGGAGGAUGACAGCGGAUCUCUGCCCUCUCCACCUCUGCUCCCUGCGCACAGAAACACUGAUUUCUUCAUUGAUAACAUCCUCAGACCGGACUUUGGUUGUAAACGGGAGCGAGAGAGGGUCACGCGGGAUUCGGGUGUCCGACCGACUGCUCUCCCGGACUCCCGGAGCGACGGCGUUUCUUCUUCGGCCUCGUCCACCGUUUCGUCUCCAGUUUCCAGCAGGCCGUCUAAUAAAGUGGAGCAGGGAUCCAGUGAAUCCUCUUCACCCAGUAAAGACAGCCAGAAGCAGAUUUUGUGGCCCGCUUGGGUGUAUUGCACGAGAUACUCUGAUCGGCCUUCAUCUGGCCCAAGGACCCGGAAAUUGAAAAAGAAGAAUAACAAUACCGAGAGCGACGACAAGCGACCCAGAACGGCGUUCACAGCCGAGCAGCUCCAGAGACUGAAGGCAGAGUUUCAGGCUAGCCGCUACAUCACGGAGCAGAGGCGGCAGGCUUUAGCGCGGGAACUCGGCCUCAACGAGUCGCAGAUCAAAAUAUGGUUCCAGAAUAAGCGCGCCAAAAUCAAGAAGUCCAGCGGGUACAAAAACGCGCUCGCAAUGCAGCUAAUGGCGCAGGGAUUGUACAACCAUUCCACCACCACCAUCCAAGAAGAGGAGGACAACUAGCAGAGGCAAAUCCUGGAGUGAAAUUAAUCACUUCACAAGACUAUAAAACGGAUAUUAUAGCCUACAUGUUUACUUGACAACCUGUCUGGAUGAGCGGGAGAAUUGUUGUAGCUACUACAGUGUAAACAAUAUCCGUAAAUUAGCAGCUGUCUGUAUUUCGUGAUUCAGUUUUUAUUCUUCCCCUUUAUUUCUGCUUUUGAAUUGCAUUAUGGGAGCUUGAGCUUUCUUCGAACAACUUUUAAUUAUUGAAAAGUUUGAAAAGCUGGCUUUUAGUAGCAUUUUUAAUAGUUUACGGUGCUAUAUUGUCUGGGUUGGUGUUGUAUAUCACGCUAUAAAAACUUGUAAUACACAGCCAGUGGGCUACGUUUUGUCUUAUUUUACAGAUUUUAUUUUUUCUGUUUACUAUUCCUUGUACAUUAUAUUAUUUUACACAACUAAAAUGUAAAUAAAAUCACCUUGUUAAACUGUAAAGUUGAAUUUUCAACUUCAAGUCGACAGAGCUGAGAUCAACACCCCAUAAUGCAAUUCACAACCGCAAAUAAACGGAAAACAUGGCUCACAAAAUACAGGAACUGUACAGGUGUUUUUAGUGUAUACAAAACUGGAAUUAAACUGACAGCCUCUUUAUUUUAAAGACGCGAUUAAAGUUUAAAUGGUUUGUUAUUUAGUUAUAAUUUACUUAAACUAUGACAUUUUAUAUAAACUGUAAACUGCAGUAUGCCAAUGACGAUAUUAGAUUAAAUGUAUAAAGUUAGCAGCUAAUGCUAUGUUUAAAACUGUAUAUUCAUAAUAUUUUCCCCCCUUUGCUGGUGGUAUACUUGGGAUAAUGGGAACUAUAGAUCUGAUUUCAGAUAGUAUUCUUCAUAAUAUAUUUAAUACUGUAUUCAAAUAAACCCAUUUUGUACACAACGAGUU